AUGCUUAACACCUUAAUACUUCACCUAAUUAACCCACUCGCCUAUAUUGUCCCGGUCCUACUAGCGGUGGCAUUCUUAACCCUGCUUGAACGGAAAGUAUUAGGAUAUAUACAACUGCGAAAAGGACCUAAUGUGGUAGGACCAUAUGGUUUGUUACAACCUAUUGCCGACGGAGUUAAGUUGUUUAUUAAGGAACCUGUUCGCCCCUCCACAUCCUCCCCAUUUUUAUUCCUAGCAACCCCUAUUCUUGCACUAACCCUUGCUCUUACCCUUUGAGCCCCUAUACCUAUGCCCCACCCAGUUAUUAACCUGAAUUUGGGUGUCCUAUUUAUUUUAGCACUGUCAAGCCUUGCAGUAUAUUCUAUUCUUGGCUCAGGAUGAGCAUCUAAUUCAAAGUACGCACUCAUCGGAGCCCUACGAGCAGUUGCCCAAACAAUUUCGUACGAAGUGAGCCUUGGACUUAUUCUACUCUCAGUGAUCAUCUUCUCUGGCGGCUACACCCUUCAAACAUUUAAUACAGCCCAAGAAGCCGUAUGAUUACUCAUUCCUGCAUGACCUCUAGCUGCAAUAUGAUACAUCUCCACUCUUGCAGAGACCAAUCGGGCACCUUUUGACUUAACAGAAGGUGAAUCAGAACUUGUCUCAGGCUUUAACGUAGAAUAUGCUGGUGGCCCCUUUGCCUUAUUUUUCCUCGCUGAAUAUGCCAAUAUUCUACUAAUAAAUACCCUCUCCGCCGUAUUAUUUCUAGGAACAUCAUAUUUUCCAGCUGUACCUGAACUAACCACAAUUGGCCUGAUAAUUAAAGCCGCAUUUCUUUCUGUAGUAUUCCUCUGAGUACGCGCCUCUUAUCCACGAUUCCGCUAUGACCAACUCAUACAUCUGGUGUGAAAGAACUUCCUCCCCCUAACACUAGCCCUCGUCUUAUGGCAUGUAUCCCUCCCAAUUGCACUGGCCGGCCUUCCACCACAACUAUAG